AUGGACAAGGAGCAACAGCGCCAUGACGAGCUCCAGGCGCCGCUGCUUCCCGGCGACGGCGGGAAGGCCGCCGCCGCGGCCGGAAGCGCUUACGCGCUCGUCUGCUCCCUGGUCGCCUCCGCCAUCUCCGUCAUCUACGGUUACAAUCGAGGUGUGAUGAGCGGGGCGCAGAAGUUCAUGCAGGACGACCUGGGUAUCAGCGACGCGCAGAUCGAGGUGCUCAUCGGGGCCACCAGCAUCUACUCCCUCGUCGGCUCGCUGGCCGCGGGCUGGGCGUGCGACUGCGCCGGGCGCCGCCGCACUAUGGCGCUCUCCGCUGCCAUGUUCUUCGCCGGCUCGGCGAUCACCAGCGUCGCGGGAGGAUACGCGGUGCUGAUGGCCGGACAGCUCGUCGCCGGUGUUGCCUGUGGGUUCGGCCUCGUCGUCGCGCCCGUCUACAUCGCCGAGAUGGCGCCGGCGGCGUCCCGUGGCUUCCUCUCGAUCGCGGGCAACACGGGCAUUCUGCUCAGCUACAUCGCCGACUCCGCCCUUGCCGGCUUCCCCAACAACGUCAACUGGCGCCUAAUGAUCGGCGUCGGCGCCGUCCCGCCGCUAUUUCUCGCGGUCGCCACGCUCCUCGCCAUGCCGGAGACCCCGCGCUGGCUCGUACUCCACGGCCACCACGACGAAGCACGCCGUGUCCUCGCCCGCACCACGGGCGAUGCGGCCCUCGCUGACCGCCGCCUCAAGGAGAUCGUUUCCUCCGCGCGGGAAAGCUCCAAGCAGGCCGUUCCCGGCGGCAGCGACGGGACGACCCGGUCCACAAGCGUCUGGCGCGACAUACUGAUCCGGCCGACGCGGUCUGUCCGUCGCGUGCUGCUCGCCAUCCUCGGCCUCCAGUUCUUCCAGCAGGCGUCCGGCGUCGCGGCGCUCGUGUUGUACGCGCCGCGGGUGUUCCACCACGCCGGAGUGACCUCCCAGUCUGCGGUUCUCGGUGCCACGAUCCUCCUCGGCGUCGCCAAGAUUGUGGCCAUUGUGAUCCCGCUCUUUCUGGCUGACGGCUGGGCCGGCGUCCCAUGCUGCUCACCAGUGCGGGCGGCAUGA